AUGAAAAACUUUGCGGGAAAUGUACCACCAGUAGGUUUGCGUGAUCCAAUUAAUUUCCACAUAAAAUAUAUCUGUCAAAAAGAUUACCGAGAAUACGAUGAUGGAACCCACUAUGGAACAAUGUUUGACAAGCAAUUUGGAAUUCCGGUAUACUCGGCUUACACUCUCACGAAAGAUAAGGUAGACUUCAAAGAAUGGACACGCCCAAAGUGAAAACAAACCGAAGGUAUUUGUUCAAGCUUCUGAUAGUAAGUUAAUUUUACCAUAUAGGACUUGUUUAAACUCUGAGUGUUUUAGGCUAAAAAACCAGUCAAGUGUCGUUUUGAAGAGAUGGUGUAGAUGGUGCACCUGCUGUUUUGUGAGCUUGCUGUAGAUAACCUUUUACGGUCUCCUUGGUGUAGUUCUGGCGUAGUUUGAUGUAGUUUGGCGCAGUUUCGUCUAGAUGGCGUCCACAACAGCAAUAAUUAUAUUCUUAACAAUAAUAAUGAACCUGUUUGACGUAAUCCAGUUUCCUUUUUGAGGCAUUAAGGAACAAGGAAGCGACGAGAUCUAUCCCAGUCUACCAUUUCACCGAGGGCACCUGGCACCUGCACAUACUCUAUCAGAUACGGGUUAUAAUGGCGCCGGCUUUCGAUCCACUUUCUACUACACGAAUGCAGUACCACAGCGACCAGCUUUUAAUAGUGGUCAGUGGUCUCAGUAUGAGAGAAUGAUACGUGACUAUGCUACAGAUUACUGCACUAAGGGUGAUGGAGCUUUGUAUCUCCUCACUGGAACUUCAUUUGUUAAUUGGGAUCCAGAUACAGACAGGUAUGACAUCAAUGAUCCAAGUGGACAACCUAAACUGGCUAAUGGAGAUCUUCCUCAAUUUCCAUCUAUAACAGUCCCCAGUUCUCUGUGGACGGCCGGCUGCUGUGUCAAAGAUGGUGAUGCCGUGGGGAAUUUUGCAGUGUUUGGAAACAACAGGGUAGAUCCGAAGGAGACGUUUACUCAACAAGUCUCCAUGGGUAAAUUGCAUGAGGUAAUUAAAGGGGAUAUAGCAAGUGGCAAGCCACCGAAGGUCAAAUUGUUUCCAGCAUUUCCGGGUUGCAUGGAUGAUGCCAACAAAGUA